CAGAUGGGGCCAGUCAUUCAGAUAUGGAAAAGAAGCGUUGGAGUGUUAUCUAUGCAGUACAGGAUGUCAUAAUUACAAGAACUCCGUUGUUUUUGAUUAUUCAUUAAAAGGUGGAACCAAUCUGAAUUCUGUUUUGGAUACCCUGAAGACUUUUCUAUCAGAUGAGGUACAUAUCGCCAUUUGAUGAGAAAAGUUAAUAAAAGGGUUUUUUUCAAAACCGUUGGAAAACCAAGUCCUUGAUUUUUGCUCAGAAAAUUUUGCCAGCCAUAUAGCACGAUAGAACAUAAAAUUUUGAGUAAAAUGAGACAUCUCUCAGCUGUAUAUCAUGUUUUCGUACGCAACUGCAGUCGAUUUACGAAAGGCGAGAAAGGGCGUGAAACUUACUAAAAGAUUCCAGCGAAAAAGCAUGAUAGACACCCACGAGAGGUCUUAGUUUACUCAGAAUUUGAAAGUAAAAUAAGAUCUCUCGUGGGGGUCCAUCAUGCUUUUUCACUGGAAUGUUUUCUUUUUCGGAACAAAGGAGUUCUUGUAAUUAUGACAUCCUGUACUGCAUAGAUAACACUCCAACGCUUCUUUUCCAUAUCUGAAUGACUGGCCCCAUCUGUUUCGAUAUUCUGACCAGCUCACUUUGUAGAGAAUUUUAAGGGCUAUCCAAUGGUAUGUUUUUGUGAAAUAGAUAAGUUUUCAUUAUGGCAGAAAAACGACUAAAAGAGUAUUUAAAGCACUAAUAAAGGUCAAAAUCAUUAUAUCGGACAAAUCUUUUCGGCUAUUGACCCAUGUACACAUAUUUUUGAAAGACUUAUUUUACAGGUCAAAAUAGAGUGGUUAACGGGAAAAUUAGUCAUUAUUAUAAACAUGAGUCACGUUAACCUACCGGUUUGCUGUGGUGCUACCGAGUAUUUUUAAUCUUAGACCACGCAGUUACAUUUCUUAAGACUAUCUUAUACAUCAUUUUGUAGCCCUUGAAAUUCUCUAUCGAACCGUGUAUAAUGCUCGAUAUUUGCUGAUAUGAUUAUCACUUCCUUUAAGAACUUGGAUUGUUAGCAUUCAUUAGUGCUGUGCAUACUAUUGCUGAGAAGAAAGCCGAUCAACAAAUGUGAGAGACGAGAGUUAUACCACUUGUCACUCCGUCCACUCCGGAGCGAACCGGAGUGAUGGAGUAAACCGGAGUGAAAGUUCACUCCGCGGAGUAGCGGAGUAUGGAGUACGGUGUUUCCCCCUUGGAACAAGCUCAAAACCCUAAUUUUCCUAACACUUUCUUUUCGGUAGAUUGUUAAUUUUUUUCUAAAAACAAAUAUUGCCAAGAUGACCAACGAUGCCAAUAACCUGUAGUCCAUCUCUUUUUCUAGUUCCCAAGCCAAAACUGUGAAGGAUAGGUAGGUCCUCGAAAAAUGCCUAUGAACCAAAAGAGACAGAGAGACGAGACUUGUGCAGUUUUAAAAGGCACACUUAAUUGACAUUAGUACUCUAAAAUACUUCAAUAAAUAUGGCAGAAAAUAGCCUUUAAAAUACACAAUCCGUAAAGAAAGUACGCUCUACAAGGCUUAUAUGGUUGCUUGACUUCAAUGUCUAAGACUGUUCUAAGAAAAAGUGCCUGGUAAAAUCUCAGCGCUCAAAAAUCGGUUUUCUAGAAUCCCAUGAUGAUGUAAGGGAGCCGAAAAAGUUGCUGAUACCGUUAGAUUCAGCAUGAUCGAAAACCUGUAAGAUCCAGCUUCAAUAUUAGAAACGGUAGUGUGUAAAAAUUCGUCUCAUUGCAGCUACCUCGACCAAGCGAAUUUUAGCUUCAACAGAAACCUCAUCAGCAACAACAGUUCAAACUACGACCAAUGUAAUAAUUACAGUAGCAGGUAGAUUUUACAUCCAGUUGAAAGAGUGAAAGGUCCAAAAGUUUAUAUGUAUUUAUUGUUUUGUCUUAAAAUCCACAGCUACAUCAGUUACGUCAACAGUUCAAUUAACAACAACUACCACGAUGCGUACGCUCUUUCUUUCUUUUGGCAUGUUUAUUGGCUGCAUGACGGCUGAGAUUAGUUUCUUUGCUGACUUGCUUACUUGUUUAGCUAUUAAGAGCAGAAAGCACACGCUACUGUUAAAUGAUAUUUAUGCACUGUUGCUCAUUGCACGUCGGAAGAAACGAAAGCUGCUCUGCAUUUUUAUGCUAUGAAAAAUUCAGGGUCAAAUGAGACAAAAGGUUUCAUGAAUUUACGAAGGUAUCAGUUAGGUAUGAACUGUGGUACAUGGAGAAUCUGAAUAGGGAUAACUUAGCACUCAAAGUUCGCGUCUCACUUCACGGAUGAAAAGCAUUUGAUUGGAAGAAGGACGAAUACCCCGCCUUUUGGCUACCUUGCUGUAUUGGGUGUUGUCCGGAGACAGUUUUGUAAUCCAGAUAUCUUCCCUACAACUAAUAUUAGCUGUAGCUCUGGACAGAAGGCCAGACCGACUCAGAGUUCUUUCGCUAAAUCGCUUGAGCUCCCCCCGUACACACUGACUAACCCCAUACUAGUCACGGGGGCUGGUGUAUGUCACAACGUAGUCAGCAUGCUAUCGGACAGGUGAUCCGAGGCAAAAAACCGUUAAUGACUUGCCCAGAGUCAUUCCAUGUCUGAUGGUGCCGAGGCUCGAACACAGUACCUUGUGGAUACGUGCCAAACAACUUAACCACACAGCCAGAGCGGCUGCAUUUGACCGAUCGGACUCAGCUCGCUGUUUUUCAUCACACGUUUGGUCUCUGCCAAAACAUCUCUUAUAUACGGCUUUAUGCUCUUAGUGAAGUAAUUUGUUAUUAUGAUUUAGUCGUUAUUUAAUUUGUCUUUGGAUUAAGAUGUACUGAAUAAUUGUAUGGUUUCACAAGCCUACACAAAGGUUAUGAUUAUAAUGCACAUAAGAUAUCAUCUAACGAGAAGCGGUUUUCCGUUUUUGUUCUUUUUUCAACUACAGUUAUUUCUACGAUAAUAUAUGAGACGACAUUUACUCUUGCGAAGGGAAAGCAUAUAGUUGACCUCCCUUACAUCAAAUGAAAGUCUUUUGAAUGUACUUUCAGCUGAUGUUGCUUUGAGAAGGAAAUGAACUAGCUGCCUAGAAAACGUUUCCCUUUAACGAAUAUCAAUAGCUGUGGUUUAGGGAUACGGACAGACUAUUUGAAAUGCAAAGGUUAUUUUGGAUGGUAAUGAGUGAGAGCAUCGGCUAUCAUAACCGUGUAUUUUGUAGUAACAACGACUGUUGCUGCUACAACCAUACCAACAACUAGCUUAAGUGCAGCUACCUCGACUACUGCAAUUUUAACUUCAACAGAAACGUCAUCGGGAGCAACAAUUCAAACUACAACCAAGGUCGUAACAAUUGCGGCAGGAUCAACUACAACAACCUCAGAACCAAUUUCGUCAACAGCUCAAGCAACGACAAUAACAACCACAGCACCAAUGACGUCAACAGCUCAAGCAACGACAAUAACAACCACAGCACCAAUGACGUCAACAGCUCAAGCAACGACAAUAACAACCACAGCACCAAUGACGUCAACAGCUCAAGCAACGACAAUAACAACCACAGC